ACAUCAUCAACAAAAACAAUUCUCAAUACACAAAACACAAAACACAAAGAAGUUUAAUUCUCUGAAGAAAGAUGAGUUCUACAAGCAAAGCAUGGACAGUGGCAGUGAGCAUCGGAGCCGUAGAGGCAUUAAAAGACCAACUAGGUCUUUGUCGGUGGAACUACAUACUCCGGUCGGUUAAUCAACAUCUCCGGAACAACGUUAGAUCUGUUUCUCAAGGGAAAAGGUUCUCUUCGUCUUCUGUCUCCGCAGCCGUUACCUCCUCUGGUGAGAGCGAGAAGGCUAAGAAGGCUGAAGAAUCUCUUAGAACAGUCAUGUACUUGAGCUGUUGGGGUCCUAAUUAAAUUGUAUAUAAUAUAUAGUUUUCUUACUUCUAUAAUCAGAAUCCUAAUCAACAUUGCAAUUCCAUAGAUAUUAUUAGUUCAAAGUAGUAACCAAGUACAACAAACAAACAUCAAUGUGACUCAAAUUCUCUCU